UAAAAGGCGGUGGCCAGCCAAUGUAUGUUAAGGUUGUGGUGUUUGUUAAUGACGGCAAGGUGCUGGAAAUUGUUGAACAUUAUAGAUUGUGUUAUAUCUUGUAUGAACGGUCGUAUGGGAAUUGA